AUGGUUACCACUCUCCGCUGGGGUAUCAUCUCUACGGGCCGCAUCGCGGGCUGCUUCAUCCGUGACAUGCUCGAGGAUCCGAAGACUCGUGACGUAACUGAUGUUGUGCAUCAGGUUGCGGCUGUAGGCUCGCGCAGUGUCGAGAGUGCACAGAAGUUCAUCGACGCAGAAGCCGGUGCCAAAGCGUCCGGGAUCAAGGCCUACGGCUCUUACGCCGAGGUAUACGCUGAUUCCAAUGUUGACGCCGUGUACAUCGGCACGCCACACACCCUCCACUACGGCAACACAGUCGAAGCGCUGAAAGCCGGAAAGCACGUCCUCGUCGAGAAGCCUGCAACAUCUAACGCUGCUGAGUGGCGUGAGUUAUGCAAGCUAGCCGCCGAGAAGAAGCUCUUCCUCAUGGAAGCAAUGUGGACUCGCUUCCAGCCGGUCGCCCGCGCUAUUCGUACACUCAUCGAUGAGGGCUCUCUCGGCCGACCUGUCGUGGUAGACGCAGACUUGUCUGCUGACUUCGACAUUGACAACCUUCCCCUCACCCACCGCAUGAUGGACCCGAAGCUCGGCGGCGGCGCGAUCCUCGAUCUCGGUCCAUAUCCACUCAUUUGGGCGAUCCUCGCGUUGUACGAGGACUCCGCGAACGACAAGCAAGUUCAGCCAGGCGUGGCCGCCUCCAUCAUAAAGACCCCGCAGACCGGCGUCGACAUGAACACGUCCUUCGCAUUGACGUUCCCCACGAUCCCGGCGCAAGCGCGUCUUUCGUGUGCGAUGAACGUGCCCGGCCGCACACCGGCCGCCAUCAUCCGUUUCCGCGCGGGCACAAUUGAGAUCCCCGGUCCGCCGUAUGCACCCAAGAGCUACACCGUGCGCUACUUCGAUAAGAAGAACGAUGACAAGGUGAUCAAGGAGGAGACGCACAACGUGGACUGGGUCGGAGGUGGAUGGCACUUCCAGGCAGAUGAAGUCGCGCGUUGCAUCAAGGAUGGUAAGCUCGAAAGCUCGCUUUGGGGGCACGACAAGACUACACUGGAGAUGACUAUCUUCGACGAGGUGAGGCGCCAAGGUGAUUAUAAGUUGCCUGACGGCGUCGAAAAGGUAGUAUGA